AUGCCAGUGCACGCGCUGGCCGCCGGGGUUGGCGCGCCGCAGGGGGUGCUCUGGGAGGCCGUGCUCACCUUCUCGCUGCUCUUCACGGUGUACGCGACCGUCGUGGAUCCGCGACGGAGCAUCGGCAACCUGGGCCCGCUACUGGUGGGCUUCGUCGUCGGCGCCAACGUGCUCGCCGGAGGGCCGUUCUCCGGCGCGUCUAUGAACCCGGCACGUUCAUUCGGGCCCGCGCUCGCCUCAGCGAAUUGGGCCAGUCAGUGGGUCUAUUGGGUUGGGCCGAUGAUUGGUGGGCCGCUCGCGGGGCUAGUAUACGAGGGAUUGUUCAUGGUCCGGCCCGGCCACCAGCAGCUUCCCAGCGAUGGCAACGACUUCUAG